CCUGGUGUUGUCAAAUAAAUUUGUUUUACAUGUAUUUAUGUGUUUCGCGUCUUAUCUCCGAGUAUAGCAAAAUAACAAAGCCUCAGGCUGGCCCAACAAUCUUUUAGUGCGGGCUUUGACAUGAAGAUCGCCUCAGCUGUUAUUAUCCUGCUUAUUUUGAUCUACUUUGGAAAUGGACAAGUAUCGGUAUCAUUCCUGGAUCCUGACUGCGGAGUUUCGAUUUCUGGGUCUAGUACCAUGAGUGCCAGGAUAGUGCAGGGUCAGGUGGCAGACAUGUUUGCUAAUCCAUGGAUGGCUUUAAUAAGCAGUAGCACAAUGUGUGGCGGUUCGCUCAUUACAAACCGUUUCGUGCUUAGUGCUGCACACUGCAGAAGUAACAGCUAUACGGUGGUGUACCUGGGCGAGUUCGACAGAUCAACCAUCACCGAUUGCUCUACAACAGCUUGCAUGCCGAAUGCCAUCGGAAUUCCAGUCGAUGCUCAAAUAGCUCAUCCCAGAUAUGUGCAUCACUCCCAGAAUGAUAUAGCUCUGUUUCGACUGGCCACUCCGGUGCAGUAUUCGGCAUACAUCAAGCCAAUCUGUCUGCUGACCAACUACAAUCCUUUGGCCCACAUCAGAUUGCUGACUGCCAUAGGAUGGGGUACCACAGAGCACGGAGUCCCUAGCAACGUACUAAAAACAACCACCUUGACGCAAGUGGAUCGCUCCCAUUGCUCGGCCACAUACGGAAGCGUUGUGGACAUGUCCCACAUUUGCGCCGGAGACCGUACCUCACAUACAUGCAUGGGUGACUCUGGAGGACCAAUCUUUGCCACGCUACCAAUUGGCAGUACAAGCCGCGUGGUUCAGAUGGGAAUUGUCAGCUAUGGAGACAGUGAAUGCAGGCGAUGGGGGGUCUACACUAAUGUCAUGCACCACAUGAACUGGAUCUUGCAGGUCGUAAGACAGGGAGGUCCUCAAGUCCCACAACGCCCACUCCCACCCCAAGGAUCGUAUUACGUUUAUGUACCCUGGUAUGCCGUUGGUUAAUUUCCAAUUCUAGGCUCUGUAAUGGUUCGAUAGACUAUAUAAAUCUAUUGUAUAUUAACCGCUUGCCAUUUAAG